AGUUACCUAGACAAGGCUGACUGGUUCCUCAAAGCUGAUGAUGACACCUAUGUAAUUGUGGAAAACUUGCGUCUGCUCCUGUCUCGGUUCAGCCCAGACAAGCCUGUGUAUCUGGGCAGGCGUUUUCACCGCUUUGUCCAUCAAGGCUACAUGAGUGGUGGUGCUGGCUAUGUACUGAGCCGCGAGUCUGGGAGACGCUACGUCAGGGCCCUGCACCAUGGAACCUGCACCAAGUCCACCUCUGCAGAGGACCUACUGCUGGGCUUCUGCCUCCAGAAGCUGGGAGUCCCGGCAGGGGACUCUAGAGACCACCAACACAGGGAAACCUUCCACCCCCUGUGGCUGGGUAAACUUCUCUGUACCGAUGACAUACUGCCCAAAUGGUUCCACCAGUACAACUAUUACCCUUCCAAAGUGGGUCCAGACUGUUGCUCCAAUUCAUCUGUAUCCUUCCAUUACGUUGAGCCAGUCAGAAUGUACAUGCUAGAUUACUUCCUGUAUCAUCUCUGUCCAGUGGGUGGCCACAGCCCAAAGCUGGGUGAGACCAGAGAGGAAUAAGCAGAGACCCCUUUCUAUGGAUUUGAUAGUGACAUCCCUGAUAAUAAAUAAUAUUAUACAUGCUCACACCGUAAUUGAUGUCAUUCUCUUGUAAAGAGUUGUCUUGCAAACCUUAAAACCAAUGUUGUUAUUAAAGUCUUUGAUAAGGUCAUGCUAGUUCAAACCAAUUCAUCAUGAUCUAGUCUGGAUAUUUGCCGAGUUACAGUAUGUAUUCAUACAUUGAGUCUGUCAUUAAAGUUAUAGAGAUCCUAUUAAAUACUAUUCUAAUUCCUAAUUAUAUGGUUAAAAUAUUGUC